AUGCCCUUCUUCAAAGAGCUGCGUCGGCGCUCAAAGGCUAGCUUCCGAACAUCCGAUUCGUCCAACGAGUCGCAUGGUACAGUUCCUACGACCAAGUCUUCUUCAACAUUGAGCUCUGCCUUGGGUGGUAGCACUACACCGCCGUCGACUCAGUACACGAAUGGCUCGUCUGGAAACCUCGCGCAGGCGCGGCCACCAGCAGACGCCGCUUCUGCCCCACCCAUACCUCAGCGACCUAAUGUUGUACCAUAUUCGAACAGGAACAGCAUGAUUACCUUGUCACCGUCUGGCACGACGCCGACGAUGCGCAUGCCUGCGCCGACCUCGCCGUAUGCGCCGAAGAUCACAUCAAUAUUAGACGGAUCAGUCGUGUACCAAAAAGUGUUGUUGAUACAGGGAGAGAUCGGAGAUCCCAACGUUAAGGCCAUUGACGGCACUCUGACCCUGCAACAUGAUAAGGACGGUCUUUCGUUUCCUCCUACCUACUGGCCAGUCUCGGAGUCUUACUUCAAAGCAUUGGUCUAUUUGUCACCGGGCUGGAAUAAGAUUCGUUUUGAUUUCAAUUCGCCUAAGCUCAGCAAUAGUGGUGGGUCGGCCACUCCAACCAUGCAUUCAUCUUUCAUGAUGCUUAAUUAUCUCCCACUGAACAGCGCACCACCACUACAUCUUGCAAUUCUGGUCGGGUCCGACUCGCCAGGUACGUACGACGCAACUCCGGAGCGAAAGGAGAAGGAAGGCAACGACUUGCCUCUUGCUGUCCGGAAGUUCCGCAUGGCUGCCCACCUCUGGCAGGCAUUUACUGCUGAGCAAAUGUACCGUCAGAAAUUCGGCCGGCGAUGUUUCCGCUUCGACGAAGAAUGGCAACCAGGUACACUGUCCAUUCGGGAUUGGGAAGCCGGCCACAUGAAAAACGAAGCCAAAGUUCACAUUGUGCGUUCGGAACGAACUGUCGAAGAGCUUCGGGAUCUUAGCCGUGCUCAACAAAACACUGGCGCCGAUAACAAAGGCGAUCUGUAUUCGAUUGCUGCAGAGGCCAUUAAGAAGUAUUUCAAUAUACGCGACGGUCAGAAACAGUAUGUUGCGUGUCUCAUACUUGAUUCGCACUGGGAUCGCGAAAGCAACACUAUUCUCGCCCAUGCUGCCCUUGGAGGUUGCUCGGAUACUCUGAACCUGGGCAUCUUCGGCUCCCACGCUGUGCAGAGUUACCCGUCGUGCAUCGAAGAAGUCGUCCCAAGUUUCAUGGACUGCACUCCAACCGAUCUGGACUACGUAGCCAAUGACUGUGGCGAAUCUGGCAGCAGCUGGGAAGCGGCGAAUAUCGGUAUUGGAGCACACAUGCAUGAAGUAGGACAUCUUUUCGGCUGUCCUCAUCAGGAGAACGGUGUGAUGCUGCGCGACUACGUCACGCUCAACAGAACAUUCAUGAUCAAGGAAUGCUACUCAACCCGGACGCAAUCGCAAGGAAUGAAAGUUUGCAGGAUAGAAGACGAGUGCAGUUGGCAUCGUCUUGAUACACUGCGUUUUCGGUACCAUCCCUGCUUCAGACUCCCGAGCGACGAUACAUCUGCAUCGCAAGAUGACAGCAUUCAAUAUUUCGCCGUGGACAAUGGUAGACUCAUCUGCUCGGCAGCCAGCGGCAUAUCGUUCAUCGAAAUCUUCACUGAAGGCGAUGACUUGUGCAGACACUACAUCGAUUACACACCGAACGAUCCUCGAAAUGCUGCGAUCCCACGGCAGGUUACCUUGACCGCAUCGGAAAUCAGGGGUCGGCUUCCAGAAGAGCUCAAAAAACGCAAGAUCAGGCUAGACAUAUUCUCAGGAGGCUCUGGCAGAAUAGUGAUCGAAGAUCUGGAUGAGCUGUUGUCAAAAAAUAAUACGAUCCGUCUACCGCCUGUCAGACAAGCUCCACGUCAGGACGAAGGUCUUACUAUGAACGCGUUCAACGGGGUCGUUGGUCUUGGCAAGUCUUUCGAGACUCGACUAGGCUUCAAGAGCAACAAGUUUGGUGCCUCAGCAAUGGAAGGAACCAAAGAGCAAGUGGUCAUACUGGACAGUGCUACAUUACAAACGAAACUCCUGACAUCGGUCAAAGUCUACGCGGGCCUUGCGGUCGAUGGUAUCGAGUUCUGCUAUGAAGAUGGCAAGAAUCAGCUCUUCGGUGCUCGGGGAGGCAAGCCUGGUGGUGAUGAAUUCUUUCUUGAUACGAGAAGGGGCGAAACGGUUCUCGGAUUCUAUGUACGUGCGGGAGCUUGGAUCGACGGCAUCGAAAUCUUGACGAGCACUGGUCGACGGUCUGGAAUUUUCGGGUCACCUGGUGGUUCAGGGCAUACAUUGAUGGUCCCUAGAGGGUACUACCUGGCCGGAGUUAUUGGGACUUUCGGAUCCUGGAUGGAUGGGUUCCAGAUCAUCAUCACCCGAUGA